AGAUUACGUCGAUGGCAGCCAGGUGGGAAAAUGUUCUACAAGGUUAUGAUGUGAAUCGUUUCGUGGGUGAAGUGAAAGAAGAUCUGCUCUGUACAAUUUGUCAAGAUGUGCCACAGGACCCUCGGUUGUGUCAGCAUAAAGACCAUAUAUUUUGCUUCGGUCAUAUAUCGCGACAUCUUCACUAAAAUUCUCACACAUGCCCAGUUUGCAGAGACCGCCUGACUCCAGAGACCCUGAGACGUCCAACAGGAUUUAUGAAGAAUUAUUUAGAAGAUCUGAAAAUCAAGUGUGACCACCUCGAUCGUGGCUGUCCUGACGUUGUCCGCCUUGAAGACCUUCAAAGACAUGUCAAUCAAUGUGGAUUCGCGCCCGUCAUUUGUGGAAAUGAAAGAUGUGGGACGGAAGUCAAUGGAAAUGACAAGGAAAUCCACGAAAGAUAUCACUGCCAAUUUAGAAUCGCCAAAUGUCUCGAUUGCAGAGAUGUUAAAGCAAGUCAAAAUGGAAUGAAAGGUCAGAUCACGCGUAUGGACGAAGAAAUAAAGGUAAGAUCAGAUUUUCUUCGUUCCUUGGCGAGCAUUAAAAUUGUUUUUGUAAAUCUACUUUUGCGCAGAAAUUUUACAAGAUAUUCAUUCACAGACAGUAAGUCAGUGUAUUACCCAUGGUUUGUCAAAAUAUAUACAGUGUCAUUUCUGAGAUAAUAUUUAAAACUAAUACUGUAAUUCAGGAAUCCCACGCUGAAAUUAAAGCUCAGAACAAGGAAAUAGAAAGGAAACAAGAUGAAGUGAAGGUAAGAUAUUCUUUUUCACUACCUGCUGUACAGGUUGUCAAAAGUCUACAGUAUAAACAGUAUAUAUAUGUUAUUUACCGGCUGCGAGGUCCGGAUGAGAAAAACUGUGCCCUCGGUCUUGAAAACGGCCCGAGCCCGAAAGUGUUUAUUUUUUAUCUGCAGAUGUAAAAAGUAAAAAUUAAAUUCAUUGAAAUUCCAGUGUUGCUUGCGAACUAAUUUGAGAUCAGUGCAGUUGUGUAUUUUCAAAGUGAGGCUGACACAAAUUGAAAAUUUGAAAGAUAUAAAACACGAAUACGAAAACUCGAGAAAACUGUUAAGAAACACACAAAAAGACGUAUAGUUUCAGUAAAAAUGUACAUGCUUUUUCAUGAAUAUAGUAGCAGAGAAGCUUUGGAAUAAAAAAUUUUAUGCCUGGCGUUUUGGGUUUGACAAAUUCAGUUGCUCCUGACAAGUUGACAAGGACAGGUUCAUGUUCAGAGCCGAUCAAAAACAUAUAAAAAUGAAUCUGUUUUGAUUUAAUCAACGUUUUUCUACUAAAAGGAAAAUGAAAAAGGUAUGCUAUUUUUAUAUUGUUCUAUUUUUUCCUGUCGUUUCACGAUAAUAUGCUUGAAACAAGUGUUUAAAAAACACGAACUUUUACACUGUUUACAAUAUUUAUAUCAGUGAAAAAUGCAUGACACAAUUCACAAAUGGGUAGAUCUAGAGAAUAUAUUCGUGACUUGUUUUCACUGCUGCAGUUAAACCUUCUUUUAAAUGGGAAAACAUUUAUUUUACAAUAUGUGUUUAAGCUGUAAUUUUUUCUCUUUUAAGUGGCCGAAUACAUGAGCAUUUAAAAAAUAUAUAGUUUUCUCGAGGUACGUAUAAGUUUUAUACAUGUCAAAUAACUUUCCGACUUUCAGUCGCAUUUCUAUCAAAAUAUUGUCAAUUCUGGCGUACAUCGUGCUAAGUAUGAAGUCUUUAGGGCUUGGUGCAAUUCAUUUUCGUAUUCUGACUAUCGUUAGGCUAUGUUUUUCAAAAGUUUUGGGCAGAUUUUUUCGUUUUAAAAUUGUUUGACUUCUCGGUUUUUGGCGCGAAAACCAGAGCGGGCAGUUGCAUUUCACAGCGGGCAGUUGCGUUUCAGAGCGGGCCGGAUGCAAAAAACCGGCCCGCUCUGAAAGGCUCCACAGCCAAUCAGAUUGCUCCAUUUUCACUGAUAAAAAAUAACAUAUAUUAGCACUAGUGUUGUGAUUUUUCAUGCAUAUUGCCGAAAGUAGAAUUAAACGGAUAAAAGAUAAAACCUAUUAGGCAUACCGAAAUUGAUGGGUGGACUGGGGACGAGUGUUAAAAGUGCUCAAAUUAACAGGUAGGCAAUUUGUCUGAGCAUGCGCGCAGAAAAUCAACAUGGCGGACAUAUAUUAGGAGUGUUUCGUGAAUUUAUCUGGUUUUAAAGCUGAUAAAACAACAUUUUAAUGAACGAAAACUUUGUAAUAUUUAGUGGAAAACAUUAAGCUGUGCAUUCCAAAGGUUUUAAAUUAAAAAUAAGUACUUUUGCUUUAUUUUAUUGCUUUUUAUGCUUUGAAAACAGGCAAGCUCAUAUUUUUUGAAAAAAAAUGGUACACAUUUUAACAAAGAAUAAAAUUAAAAUACAUGCAUAUCAAAAACAAUGGUUUUUAUUAGAACAACACACAAUAAGUUGUUAUUUUCUAUUUUUACAAAAAACAAGUUUGAAAACAGGAUCUAGUCCUCCAGCUUGAUAUCAUAUUCCAAUUAUUUGGAUAUUUGAAUAAAGAAAUGUGAAAUAAUAAUUGAAACUUGUCCAAAAUGUGACACCAACACUCGAGUGAACAGAUACUAUCACCUAAAAAUAAAAGAAAACAGAACUUAAAUUUAUCAUCUAAUGCUAUGAAAAAAUCUUAGAUAUUACAAGCAUAUAGUGAACACAACUCUUUAACAAACUCACUAAAAUAAGUUAAGUUAUGCUACGAUAAGAGGAUGGCAAUAUAUGACAACAUCAAAUGUUACCAUCUUCGGUGUCCAGAACAAGUGCCGCGCGCAUUUUUCAUGGUCGCAUAACUGGCAUUGCCACAAACCCAGGUGAAAUUUUGGGUGAUGAGCAUAGUCAAAUUCUCGACUUAUUCAAUUUUCUAAGUUAUUCCAGGUAAACAGAUUCAACAUUGAAAUAAGCCCCAUUCGGGACCUUAUAGAAUCCAAAAUAUUGUGUAUGGACCAGAUUUUUUUCAAUUUUCUGUGAUUUACAUAACACUAGUUAUAAUUUAAGGGUCAACCAGUAUUGUUCAAGACAUAUUUUCCUUCCAGAACACCUUUUCAAAAUACUAACCCAAGCAUGUCAAAAAUAGUGUACAUUUACAAGGGCAAUUUCAACCCUUUGGCACAUUUUUCCCAUGAAUGAUUUUAAUUCUAAUAUAAAGACUAUAGAUAAAAAUUUGAUUUAAAGCUAGUUUCAAGUGAUGAGCAUACCCUAAAUUUUAAGCUAUACCUCAAAGAAGAUGGGUCAUUUCAACAUAAACAUUGAGAUGUGGGUAUACUGACAGCUCUGUCACACGUGUAGCUUAACACUAGCAGACCUUCUGAAACAUUUUAAUGAAAGUAUAAUUCACAAAGUUCACAUUUUCACUUACUUCUUAACAUCUGUUUUAAUCCAACUAGCUCUGUAGGCACGAGCAAAAUUUAGUGUUGAUGUAAAUAUCCAUUUUGUUCAUGUUUCCCCGGUGAAAAUAUAGUCUAUUCCAAAGCUGAUUUCGACGUACUUUAGCUUUUCAGAAACCGUUGGCCUUCCUCAGUAAGAUUAUCAACAGUUUCACAAACAUAUUUGAUGGUAAACAGAUAAAAUAUUCUCCGAAAGUCUAUAUUUUUGCUCUUCGAUGCGAAAAUGGAAACUCAAGAAGAAAUGAGCCGCUAUUUUUGGUCAGCAUCGACAAAUUGCCUACCUGUUGCUCAAAUUAAGAAGCGAAACCAAGUCACUAAAAAGGCCACCUCAAAAAUAGUAAGUACACAAAGUUUGAAGACGUUUACAUGAAUAUCCUAUGAAUAAUAAGCUUCCGAAAAAUCGCGAUAUUUACUAUGAAAUGUAUUGUAAUUUUUGUUUUUGGGACGCGUGUCCCCAAAACAAUCUUUUAAUCAGUAAUUUCACAAUUUUCGAAAGCUUAUUAUUCGAUGGGUAUUCAUGUAAACGUCUUCAAACUUUGCAUACUUACUAAUUUUGAGGUGGUCUUUUUAGUUAUUUGGUUCAUUUCUUAAUUUGGGCACUUUUUAACACUCGUUCCCAGUCCUCUCAUUACCUUCGGAAUGGCUAAUUGUCGAAAAGAUAUACCUAAAGUUAUUUAUUAGGACGAGAUGAAAGUAGAAUUGAAAGGAAUGAGAGAUACAAUCGCUGGAAUGGAAAGAAAGCAAGAUCGAAUGAGGGUAAGACAAUAUUAUUUUAAUUCUUCGCAGCUAUGCAUGGAAAUGGAAUUGGAUUGUUAUGUGUACUGUUCGCGAUGACAAUUAAUGGAUUAUUUGAAACCUGUGAUCAAUUAGGAAAACUGAAUUAUUUUUGUUAUGAAAACUGAAAAUCUAUUAGGAAAACCGAAGGGUGUUUGUGGUUGGAAAUUAGGAACUGAAGAUUAUAUACUAUUUUGGACCUAGCCAAGAACUGCGAAAAUGCAACUAUAUAGGCCCUCUAUAUGUUUUACAAAAAGUCUUCAACUGCAUGUUAGUUCUAUCCAGCGAGAUGCCAAAAUCCCGAUAUUUGCCCAUACCUUAUCCUGGCAUCAUUCACGCUAUAUAUGCAGGAACUUGUGGUUAGACCUUGACAACUGCACUGUGUAGUUGGUAAGAGCGUUGCACUGCAUUUCACAUGCAGGGCCGCAGGUUCGAUUCCUGCCGAACUAAAGACCCAUAUUUGCAUUUUUCGCAACUGCUUCUGCUUAAAUCUAAGAUUGUAUAUAAUCUUUUGCUCGUAAUUUAAAUUUACAAACCCCUUCAACCGUUAGUUCUACCGAGAAAGAUGCCCAAAAAUCUCGAUAUUUAUCACAAGUGCUGCAGUUAAGUUGAGAGUUUUUCACACGUCCGCGUAUACGCACUUCAAUACAGUUCAAUGGCAUAUUGUAAGAAUAUAAAUAUCUGAACCAGAGGCAGAACAGAAACGUACGCGUGAAAUGAAAAUGCGUCCGAACCCCGAGAGAACAAAAGAGCAAAUAUGUCAAAGCAUAUAUACGAUCAUACGUGUUCAUUGCUUGAUUUCCUGACUUGUCUGUUGCUAUAAGAAUCUACAGUUUAACAUGUUUCUAUAAUUUAAAAGCAAAUAGAAAGCAAAUUUAGUAAGCAUUUGAAGUCCUUGCAAUCGAAGUGCGAAGUGCGGAGUGGAAACAUGUUAUAUGAGACUUUUCCCUCCCCCUCUUAAGCGAUCAAUUUUCAAUGGGUUAGGUGAUAUUCAUUCACAGUCAGUAAGUCAGGAAUUCCACGAUGAAAUGCGUUCAGUAUAUUACCCAUGGUUUGUCAAAAUGUAUACAGUGUCAUCUCUGAGAUAACAUUUCAAACUAAUACUGUAAUUCAGGAAUCCCACGCUGAAAUGAAAGCUCAGAACAAGGAAAUAGAAAGGAAGCAAGAUGAAGUGAAGGUAAGAUAUUUAUCACUUAUUUACUGAGACCGAGCGAAACAGUGUGUUUUGUGGACCCGUGACCGGUCGAGGGUCCACAAAACACACUGCUUUCCCGAGGUCUCAGUAAAUAAAUGUUUUAUUAUAUAUCAAUAGUCAAAGAAACAACAAAUUAAAGAACAAAUGAACGUAAAUACAUGAAAUAUUUUAUUGUUAAAACGUUAUAUUAAACACUGGCUACACUGCAGUUACUUAAAGCGAAAGUUUUAAUUACGUACUAGGCAUGUCCAAAGGUCGCAUCUUCACGUGAUGGCGCACGUGAUUUUUUUUUAUUAGCCGGUCGAUAACGUCUUAUCUCCCUCUCGCGCUGUUGCGAGGGAGACAGCCUAAUUUCGUCACUCUCACGUGAUAUGCUCUCGACCAAUAAAACACUAGAAAAAUGCGACUUUGACUAUUGAUAUAUAAUAAUCUUAUUUACUACCUGCUGUACGGGUUGUCAAAAAGUCUACAGUAUAAAUAGUAUCAUAUAUUAACACUAGUGUUGUGAUUUUUCAUGCAUAUUGCCGAAAGUAUAAUUAAACGGAAUAAAAGAUAAAACCUAAGGUUAAAGUUAUUUAUUUACAUAUAGGACGAGAUGAAAGUAGAAUUGAAAGGAAUGAGAGAUAAAAUCGCUGGAAUAGAAAGAAAGCAAGAUCGAAUGAAGGUAAGACGAUAUUAUUUUAGUUCUUUGCAGCUUUGCAUGGAGAUGGAAUUGAAUUGUUUUGUAUACUGUUGGCGAUGACAAUGGAUUAUUUGAAACCUGUGAUCAAUUGGGAAAACUGAAUUAUUUUUAUUAGGAAAACUGAAGAUCUAUUAGGAAAACUGAAGGGCUUUUGUGGUUGGAAAUUAGGAUCUGAAGAUUAUAUACUAUUUUGGAACUAUCCAAGAACUGCGACUAUCUAGGCCCUCUAUAUGUUUUACAAAAUGUCCUCAACUGCAUGUUAGUUCUAUCUGUCGCGAGUUUGGCAUAUUUAGUAAUGAUUUGGUUGAUAUUUGGUAGUUAAUUGUUGUUGACAUGUAUUUUGGUAGGUGAAAAACGAGAACAUAGUAUCAGCAAUAAAGUAAACUAUAAACUGAACAAACGUAAUCUGCCGCGUUAAGCGAAUCCCGACAAAAGUGGAGACCCGGAACAGGAUUCUAUAAACAAGAACUAUUUGGAAAAGGUAUUUUUAGAGUGAAAUAUAUCGAUAUUGAAUGUUUAUUUUAUGUGACACGGAAAAUAUAAAUUCAAGAUAGCGGACGUGAAACAAAUGUUAAACAAGUUCGAAUCGAAGCUACGUAUGCUUGAAUUUACGCGAAGUGAUACACCGAGAAUCCAAGAGAAAAACGAACUGAAGAGUUUAGAGCGACAAGAGAAAGUAUUUAGCGAGUUAAUCGACAGUAUUCACGAGCAGAAAGUCUUAAUACAAACAGCGAAAAUCGAGAAGGGUGAAAACCCAGAAGAUGUUACACAAUGGACACUUGAGAUCGAAGAAAAGAUUGCGAAGUAUGAACAAGUUAUAGCUGAGUUACAUGGUGAUGUGGAAAAGUUACAGGCGAAAGCUAGGGAAGAAGAUGAACUGAGAGAAGAUAAUAAACGAAGACAGCGUUUCGAAGAAGAAUUAAAACUCGAGGAAGCGAAAAUGCAAAUGAAACAUGAUUAUGAAAAGAAUCUUAUGGAAGAAAGUAAAUCAAGCAAAGGAAAUGUUAGCCAAGUCAAGUUACCCAAACUAGUUAUAACCAAGUUUCAAGGGACACCAUUAGAUUGGAGCCAAUUUGAAACGGAAAUCGACAAAGCUGAAAUAACACAAGUGGCAAAAUUUUCUUACCUGAAAGAGCUUCUAGUCUCUAAAGUGAGAAUGAGUAUAGAUGGUCUUCCUUCUACAUCCGAAGGCUACGAACGAGCUAAAACUAUACUCAAGACGAAAUAUGGAAAACCGAGCGAAGUGUCGAAUGCUCAUGUACAGCAGAAUAUAUCCUUGCAAACAGUGCGGGGUUCCCAUUUUAUGAGACCUUGGUGACAAAUGUCCAUGCAUUGGAAACACUUGGAAAGAUCAAAGAAAUUAAUGGCUAUGUUCGUGUAACCCUCGAUAAGUUACCUGAUAUCAGAGCUGACCUGGUACGUUUAGACGAAGAUUGGCAGGACUGGGGUUUUAGUCGAAUGAUUGGGGCCCUGAGAAAGUGGUGUGAGCGCAACCCGGUCGGUCCAGAAGAUCAAGAAUAUAAGUCGAAGCUUCCCAAAGAUAAAUCAUUUCAAGCAAACCAGGGAGAAUGGAAACCGAGACCUUGUGUUUAUUGUGAGUCUACACAGCACAAAUCAGUUGACUGUGAAACUGUAACUAGUGUCACUGAGAGGAGAAAGGUAUUGAGCUCGAAGAAGUUGUGUUUCAAAUGCGCUGGGACAAGACAUCGGGCAUCAGAGUGUCGGUGCAAAACCACUUGUCAGAAAUGUAACGAAAGGCAUCAUACAUGUAUAUGCAAUAAAGGGACGGAGCAAAUGAUGGUAGCGUCAGUCAAAGGUGAAGUGAUUUACCCAGUAGUUGUGGUACUUGUUGACGGAAUUAAAGUCAGAGCAUUGCUUGACACAGGUUCAGGAGGCUCGUAUGCUUCCGCAGCUCUGAUUGAUCGGCUUUCAAAACGACCAACUCGAACUGAGCAUAAACGGAUUGAUAUGAUGAUGUGCUCAACAACACAAAAGAUCGAAGUGUAUAAUGUGAAUGCUUCUAGUAUCGCUGGGAAAUUUGCCAUGGAAACAGAAGUCAACAAAGUGGAUAAGGGAGUUCUCUUGUCAGUUCCAAAUCCAAGGUAUCCAGAAAAAAUCAACCAGUAUCCUCACCUUGAGGGAGUGGUAAUGGAUGAUAAAGACAGCAAACUUGUUUUACCAAUCCAUUUGAUCCUGGGUGCCGGUGAGUACUCUCGCAUAAAAACAGUUACGAAGCCAAAGAUUGGAAAUCCAGGUGAGCCGGUUGCAGAGUUAACAGCAUUUGGUUGGUCGAUGAUGUCCCCAGGAAAGGAAGUGAAUCUUAGCAAUACCUACCUUACCAGAACAUCAUUUGGAGAAUACGAACAGUUGUGUAAUUUGGAUGUCCUGGGUUUAGAAGAUCGAGCGCAAGGUGACCAGCAGUCGGUGUAUGAUGAGUUCAAGGAACAGCUUAGCCGAAGUGAUGAAAGGUGGUAUCAGACCGGAUUGAUUUGGAAACAGGGUCAUGGUCCUCUUCCGAGUAAUGAACAUGGCAGUUUAAAACGAUUAGAUAAUUUAGUCAAGAAACUACGAAGAGAACCUUAUGAAUGAAUACGAUGAGAACAUUCAAAAUCAAGUUGCUGAGGGUGUAGUUGAACGAGUAACCAGUGAACCAGUCGGGAAAGAAUUCUAUCUACCGCAUAAGCCUGUCGUAAGGGAGUCAGCAGAAUCCACCAAAACACGUAUCGUGUUUGGCGCAUCAGCUAAAGCCAAUGACAAAUGCCAAUCAUUGAACGAGUGUUUAGAGACAGGUCCGCCCUUGCAAAAUAUCCUUUGGGAUGUGUUGGUGAGAAAUCUGUUGAAACCUUUUGCGUUGGCUGGUAAUCUCAAAAAGGCUUUUCUUCAGAUCAGAUGUGUUAAGGUUUCCACUGGGUCAAGGAGGAAACAUCAGAGGUAGAGGUUCUCAGAUUUACCAGAGCCCUGUUUCGGUUAGUGCAGUCACCAUUUCUGCUUGGAGCAACGCUGAAACGACAUCUAGAAAGUCUGAAGGAACGAUAUCCAAAUGAAAUCGCGGAAAUCGAGAAAUGUUUAUAUGUUGAUGAUGUCAUCACGGGGGGAGACACUAAAGAGGAAGUGCUUGAUCUGAAGGAGACCACUGUAGCAAUAUUCGAAGAAGCCAAGUUUGAGUUACACAAAUGGCACUCCAACGAAUCGGUGUUAGAAGCGAAAAGUAAGUCUGAUGAUGGGAAGCAAAGUUACGCGAAGGAUCAGCUCGGAGUCAAAGCGGGAGAAACCAAGUUGCUGGGGCUGCCAUGGAAUAAAAACAAGGACACUCUAUCUGUUACUUUUCCACAACCAAUUGCUGAAACGACCAAGAGAGAAAUGUUACGAUUCUUAGUCUCGAUAUAUGAUCCACUUCGUUUAGUGUCGCCCAAAACACUUUCAGGAGAGCUGAUGUAUCGGCAAGUUUGUGACCAACAUCUACCCUGGGAUGCGAAAGUGUCCGAAAGCGUCGCAGAUCAGUGGUGCAAAUUCGAGAAUAGCCUACCUGGUAGAGUAGAGAUACCAAGAAGUAUCGCAUCAAUUCAAGAACCGACUAAAGCGAUAGAUCUACAUGUGUUCGGAGAUACAAGUGGAGUUGGGACGUCGGCGGCAGUUUAUGCAGUUGACCACCAAGAGUCGAGAGUUAACCAGGGCAUGCUGACAGCGAAGUCCCGUUUAGCGAAGAAAGGCUUGUCUAUUCCGAGGCUAGAGCUAGUUUCAGCGCACAUGGCGGCAAACCUGGCAGAGAAUACAAAGAAUGCCCUGGAUGGUCAACUGGUGAGGUCUGUUACGGGAUGGCUAGAUAGCACCGUAGCCCUAUAUUGGAUCAAAGGGAGUGGAACUUAUAAACAAUUCGUAAGAUAAAUGAGAAGGAGUUCAUGGCGUGGAGACAUGUAGCCACUGACCAGAAUCCAGCUGACAUUGGAAGCAGAGGGUGUAUUGGAAGCAAUCUCCCCAAGAUUUGGUUAAACGGACCAGUGGCCGGAGUCAAUUGUUCCUAAGGCAAGCAAGGAAACUGAAGAAGAAGCGAAACUGAGCCGAGAAUUAUUCACAGCUGCCGUGGAGAUAAAUGAUGAGUUUGCAGAAUUAUUGUCGAAGCAAUGCUUUUGGUCUGCAGUCCGUAUCAUGUCUUGGAUUAAAAGAUUCUUAACGAACUGUAAGUUGAAGAAACUAGCAAGAGUUUCUGGUCCUUUGACAACUAAAGAGAUAAAUCAACAAGUUGAGUGGUGGAUCAAGAGAGUCCAAGACAGCUCCAGUGGUACAGACGAAUUUCAAGAAGACAAAUUAAAACUGAACUUGCAGCUGAACUCAGCUGGGUUAUACGAGUGCCGUGGUCGCAUUCAAGGAGAAUUUCCUUUAUACUUACCACCUGCGGCACGUUUACCUAAGAAGAUCGUUGAAGACGCCCACAUCGUGACUCUGCACGGGGGAGUUGGCCUUACAAUGAUUUUGGUUAGACGUGACUAUUGGAUCCCACGAUUGAGGCAGUUAACAAAGAAAGUUAUCAACAAUUGCUUCGGGUGCAAGAAAAUCCGUGCCACUGCGUUCCACAGUCCACAACCUGCAAAUCUUCCAACAGACCGGACCAUUGGUUCGACUCCUUUCCAAGUAAUCGGUGUCGACUAUGCGGGACCAAUGGAAUACAAGAUUAGUUCGACGAAAAACGGCAAAGCUCAUAUCCUGUUGUUCGCAUGUAGUCUUACCCGAGCCAUCCAUCUCGAGCUCUUAAAAGAUCAAACGACUGAGGGAUUCAUCAGAAGUUUGAAGCCGUUUGUGGCUAGACGUGGUAGACCUAGUAAUAUCUAUACCGACAACGCCAAAAGUUUUGUAGCUGCAGCGAAGUUGCUCAGAGCGAUCAUGAAAGAUGAGAAGCUUCAAAAUUAUCUCGCCCACCAGUACAUAAAAUAGCAAUUUAAUUUAAUUCGAGAGACUAGUGGGGCUAGUGAAACGAGCAUUGUAUAUGGAAUUAUCAUGUGAUAUACCACAUAAGACGGAGGAAGUUACUGAACUUAAUCCCAGAGCAAGAGAAUUUAAUCCUAGAAGGUCAGCCGUAGUCGCUAGGAAUAUGAUAAAAGAGAUUGCAAAUCAAGAGGAACUAACCAUUUGAACGAUACAGUAAAUUUAUUCAUAAACUUCUAGUUAAUAAGCGUUACAUUACAGACAGGAUCAUAUUUAAUACAUACAGUAUAAAAUCGGAGGAGAGUUUGUCAUAUUUAGUAAUAAUUUGUUUGAUAUUUGGUAGUUAAUUGUUGCUGACAUGUAUUUUGGUAGGUGAAAAACGACAACAUAGUAUCAGCAGUAAAGUAAACUAUAAACUGAACAAACGUGAGUUAUUUGCCGGGUUAAGCGAAUCCCGACAUAUCCAGCGAGAUGCCAAAAUCCCGAUAUUUGCCCAUACCUUAUCCUGGCAUUACUCACUCUAUAUGUGCAGGAACUUGUGGUUACAGCUUGACAACUGUACUGUGUGGUUGGUUAGAGCGCUGCACUGGAAUCACAGGGUCGCAGGUUCGAUUCCUGCCGAAGGACCCAUAUUUGCAUUUUUCGCAACUGCUUCUGCUUAAGUCUAAGAUUGUAUAUAAUCAUUGGCUCGUGAUUUAAAUCUAAAAACCCUUCAACCGUUAUAUAUAGUUCUACCGAGAAAGAUGCCCAAAUAUCUCGAUAUUUAUCACAAAUGCUGCAGUUAAGUUGAGAGUUUUUCGUACGUCCGCGUAUACGUACGGAAAAGUAUAAAUCUUUCUAAAUUUUAUAUCAGAACUGAUAAUUACCUCAAAUGUACAUUAAAUCAUAAACAAAACAGACUGAUGACCUUUUAUUCAUUAACUAAUUUCAAGAGUAACAUGUAAAUGGUUUCAAAAACGUUUCCAUGCAUAUACCUACGUACGAAAAACGCUGAACUGGAAUGUUGGCCUAGUAAAUGUUUAAUACUUAAUUAUUAUUAUGUGGUAAACAUUUGUUUUGAUGAAUCGCGCAAUUCUAUUGGCUGCUGACGAGGCACGAUUUUCCCGCAUUGCCCACUGGCCACGAGAGCCAAGAAACGGCAAAAGUGUCUAAAAGUCUUUCAACCUUUAAAAAAGUGGCCAGGUCGAAUCUGACCCUCUCAAAUAAAAAAUACAACUAAAGCAGCCACAGAUUUAUAAUUUCCCCCUGAGAAUUACUGUUUUUGUUGUAUAGAUAAAAACAGACAUAAAACGAACUUGUCGAUGCUGUUUAUUAAUUUUAUUGCUUUCAUAUUUGUUGUACUUGAUUAAACUCAGGCCGGUUAAUGCCUAGCUCUUGUUGGCUCUGCCCACGCUGACUUGAUAUGUCCGCGCGAGUUGCGCGCGCGAUUCAACAUAUCCAGCGUGUUGCCGUUUGACUGCGUUUUGCCGUUGGAAUGAAACUGAAAUUUAAUAACUAUGAGCUGUUGGAUUAUUUUAUAUUAUGUUAGAUUAUAGCAACCAGCAGGGAUGAGUAAAUUAUCAGUUUUUCUUGUACAAUUGGCCGUUGUAUUAUUAUAUUAUGCGAUAUGCGGCGACUUUGAACUUUGAUAUAUAACGCUAUUGCGGGAUUUUAUGUCUCAAUUAUUCAACAUCGAUUUGUGAUUCCUUUUUAGUUUCCCACUCACAGAAAAAUAUUUGAAAUACAAAUAAGUACUCAGCAUAUGGAUGGUUCAAACUUUUUGGGGUGGCGUUGUUUAAGUGUGACAUAUUUCUCUUAAAAACUUGAGGACGCAAUAAAUGUUGUUGUUGAAAUAUAAUAUCCUUUCAUAUAAAGACUCAGACUCCUGUCGAAUAUUCUCUCAAUAUAUAAGCGAAAAUAUGUACUUAUCAUAUUGUACUUCUGUACACAUUUUUCUCUCUGUUCCUCGCAUAUUAUUUGAAUACACUACUUACUAGUUGUAAAUGGUUUAUCAGUCAUUGUGUAUUUGUAUUUAGUAAUAUUUUGUUUCACGGCAGGGGCUUAUAUUAAUGAUAAUGGCGAGCGCGAAUUCAUCACGCAAAAAACGCGUUGGACUUGCCGACUUACAAGACAACGUUAAUGUCGGUCGCGAAUACGUAGAUUUUGUCCAGAGUACAGCCAACUUUGGUCCUACAAUUAGAUUUGUAAGCAUUGUAAUCUGGAACGAUCGUUUUAGUGCAAAUUAUAUUGACAUUGUGCGAGACAUUGUUGUAAUCACAGCAAUAUUUUCAUAUCAGUGGCAUAAUCUUUAAGUUCCGAAUUACCACAUUGCAGUAUAAGAGUAAAAGGUUCCGUGAUAAUAUUUUUGUACGUAUCCAUGAAUGUUCAGUAAGUCGGCAAGCCGUGUUUAUAAACAUUAAGUUAAUUUCCAUUAUCACCGCCUAUAUCUUGUCACGUGACCAGUUUCCAUGGAAACCAAAUAGUUAAAAAAUAUCGGCAGUUGAUUUUCAACAUCUCACCCAAAAAUAAGAGUCGUAGCGUAUUUUGUUAAUUUUUAAUUAAUUUUUAAAGAUUUUUUCUAUUUUCCCACUCCUUACGAAAUUGGAGCCAGGCAUUAAUGCACCUGAGAAUGACGAAAUACCUCGUAUUGUUCUUGAAAUACUAUCCAAACUGUGUUAGUAUUCUAUAAAAAGUGCUGUAGAGCAGUUUUACUAACCAAGAGAACAUUUUUUACAAUUGUUUGUUUUUGUAAAUGUUUCGGACUUUUUACUUUGCCCUUACGUGACCUUUUUCCCCAUUUUUACAAACAUACAAUGCCAUAUAAUAAAAAAAGUUACUUACCUCAACCGUUCAGGCAGUCUGGAAAAAUAUCCAACCUUGGUCUAUCGCUCGGUCAAUACAGCAAGUUCUUGGUUGGUUAUUUUCCCGUACUGUCCUCACUCUCGGUCAGUAAGUUAUUAUUCGUUGGAAAAAUUGCUUUCGAAAAUUACUUCAAUUUCGAGUAAAUUAAUAUUUACGAGCUUCGGUUAUAGCCUCUGACGCUGAAAAUGGCGAGGGCUGCAUUGUGACAUUGUCAGUAAAGUAUUUUAUUUUAUUUUAAAUUCAGCAAAGUGUUGACGAGAUGACACAGCGGUUUGAAAAAAUGACGAUAAUGGUUCAGCAAGCAUUGCAAGGAAGCAAUGUAAACAACAAUGGUGCUCAAGCUAUAGAUCCAGCAGUUAAAGUCAACAAUCAAGAUAUUAUUAUUCUUGGCGGUUUAUAUGCCCCAGGGCUUAAAACUGUAUCGAGUACAGUUGAAAAAUACGAUAUAGAAGAAGGCAAGUCAACUCGAUUACCAGCAAUGAAUCUACCUCGAGCAGAAUCAGCUUCAUGUGUUUACAACGGUGAUGUGAUCGUUGCCGGAGGUUUCGAUGGUCAAACUGCUACUGACUUGAUCGAGAUUUUAAAGAUGAACCAGCAUCCUUUGCGAUGGACGGUGAUUGAUGGUAAACUGCGCGCCAAGUUAUCUGGUCAUGACGUCACAGUUUACGACGAUAAAUUAUACAUCAUAGGAGGAGAUAACUGGAAUGAAAAAAAAACAUCCGAUGCAAUUUAUGAACUAUCCCUUGCCCCGCCUUAUACUGUCAAACUUCUCGCAAGAAUGCCACAGCGAAGACAACGCCACCGUGCGGAGAUUGUUAACGGGAAGCUAUUUAUUUUGGGAGGAACGACAACAGCCUUUUUUAAAGAUGCCACAGAUAGUGUUGUUGUCUAUGAUUUCAUCAGAAAGGAGAUUAAGGCAUGUGAGUCGCUACCCAAGUCUGUCUCAGGAAUGUGCACAGUUACUUGGGGCAAUAUAAUCAUUGUUGUCGGCGGGGUGGAUAAGAAUGAUCAGGUUUUAAAUGAAGUCAUCAUGUAUCACAUCGAGACAGGGCAAAGUGAAAGAUUACCAUCACUGAAACACAAGAGGCGUGGUGCCUCUGCGGUCAUCAUGCAUAACGUCAUUGUUGUACUGGGUGGAUGGAAUAAGGAGCAGGGAUAUCUCAAAUCUGUAGAAAGUUUCAGAAUGGGAGAUGAUCAGUGGAAAGAACUGCCAGUGAUGAAUGAGAAAAGACAUUACGCAACUGCUGUGGUGAAACCUCGCAACUAGUUUUAAGGAUACGCUUUACAACAUACAUUUUCACGUCAACAUUUUCGAGGUUUCAUAAUCAUAUGAAUAGAAAACGUUUAAGUUUAUGUUACUGGUCUAUGCUACUAUAUAUAUAUACACUAUAUUGACACAAAAGGUAAAAUUACAGUAUUAAAGUAUUGUAGCCUAAUCUUUGCCUUUUACAACUUAACAAAAUAUUGUUGAAUGUAAAUAUAGUGUAUAUAUAGUAACAUAGACUGUAGGAAGUAUGGUAGUCCAGCGGAUAUGCACAGAUAUUUGAGAAAAUCGUGCACUUUGUGAAGAAAGCACCAAAUUCUCAGGAAGUGUAGACCUUAACAUGAUAAUGAAUCUUAGAUAUGGAGGCAUCAUCAAAAUUGAUAUUGACGGCUUAAAAUUCAGAAUUUCUUAUAAUCUAUUCUCUUAUUAAUCUCUUAUACAAUUAGAAAUCGUGAAAUUGCAGGUUCACAUAUAGCAAAAAUGACAUGCGUCAUUAGAAAGUUUCAAAAAAAAUGCACACAGGACAUUUAAGCAGAUACUUUGAUAUUCCAUCUCCUCUGGAGUUAUGAACGGUUGAAAAUAUUUUUUAGGGCUAGUGUUCAGGACUUUGGCGGGAUGGUUGCCUAUUUAUCACGUUUUUAAAUAGCAAUAACUGGAAAACCGCCUGGAAAAUCAAUCAGCCGUUUAAAAGUUUAAAAGUCUUAUAUGUAGUUUUUUGUAAGCUUCUAAUCAUGCAAGUCAUUUUUGCUAUAUGUGAACCUGCAAUUUCACAAUUUUAAACAGUAAUAGAGUUUAAUAAGAGAAAAUAGGAAAUCCUAAAUUUUAAGCCGUCAACAUCAAUUUUGGUGAUGCCUCCAUAUCUAAGAUUCAUUAUCAUGUUAAAGUCUACAUUUCCUGUGAAUUAGGUGCUUUCUUCACAAAGUGCAUGAUUUUUUACUUUUCCGCUGGACUAUGGUGUGUAAAUGUUUAUAAAACUCAAGAUAACUUGUACAUGUAUGUAGAUUUGCAUAGCAUCAAUAUAAUUUUCAAAAUCUCAUACGAACAGUGAUGGCGACAUUGACAGCAGACUGCUAUAAGCGUUACAGGACAGUAGAUGCUCGUCAGGACAAUAGAUACUCGCGUACAGGUCAGUAGGUAUUCGCCUCGUUACAUCACAGUAGAUACUCGUUACAGGACAGUAGAUACUCGCCUACGGCUCGUGUAUUUUCACGCUUUCCGAAAGUCGAGCAACAUACCAAGUGCAUGGAUCAUGCUAUUCUGCACGGGAAAGUCGUUGGGUAACUGUUUUAUAAAAUUACUACAGUGAAACGACGUUUAACUUGAUUAAAUUACUGAUGAAAUGUGCAGUUCUCACAACAAUCGUGAAUUAACCAAUCGGAGAAUGGCUACUCUACGCUAUUGAAAACAACAACAAAUAUGAACAGAAUUUGAUCGCAAAUUCUCGAAAAUAUACAGCGAAAAUACAGAGACUUUUUCGAUAAAAUAUACGAAAUUUGAAAUGGAAAGCCUGCUAAACAGACAGCCAAAGUAGUUUUGAAGGUUCUCGAUCUGAAUACUUGAAGAUUGCGAAGCGUUUGAAUUUUCAAGCGAGAGAUGUUGUACUUGCCAUGGUCUGAUGAAUUUCAACGCUACGCGCGUUGCUACUUGCUGAACAGCAAUGUAUCAAUCAGAAAUUUAUUCAUACAACUAAACGAACAACACAAUAAUUGCAAACUUACUUCAAAGUCGAAAGGUGUGGUACAAUGAACCUUUACAAUGCGAGUAUAUUUGUAAAAUUAUGUGCAAGAAUUUCUGUUCAGGAUUUCCCGUGCAGGAUUGUCUGAUCCUGCACGGCUGUUGACCAAUCAAAUUGCGUGUUUCAUUGUAGUUAUUAUAUAAAUAGGUUUACCCCUUACUUUAAACACCCUAAUAUUCGUUCUGUAGGGCAAAUUUUGCAUAAUCUUAGUGUAAAAUUCACAUCGAUCCUCACUAAUAGUUAGUUGUGUAAAAAUCUGAUGCUUUGGUACGGAUAUUAAGACUAAUUUAUAAAAAAUCAUAAAUGAACGUCAAAAUUAUGAACCAUAAUUGUUAUAUGACGAACUAUUGAACAUUUAAAAUUUGCAUGUUAUGUUAGUAUAUAGUUUUUAUUAGAUUCAAUUGUAUUAGAC